CUUUUUCUGUUAAUUAACCCGUAGCCAUGGCUGACAUCGUCGUUCUCCUCCACCAUGAAAAUCUAUACCUGUAAUUCAAUAGUUGAUUCAAAGGAAGACUGUGAUGAUGCUAAGAAGAGGUUUGCGGACAUUGACAUCGCUGAGAGGGUGCUUGAGUUUCGUUUCCACGCCGCCGAUUUACCGUAGUUUCUCCACGAAGUCGCCGUCGACAUCUCCACCGCCGUCCAAUGCCGUGGCCAUGUCUUCCAGCGCCGCUACCAUCUUGACCGAAGAGGAUCUUCUGAUCGACGACGACGACGCCGCGGUUUCCAAGACUGAUACGAUUCCGACUCUGCUUCAACACGGCGUCGUCGUUUAUGAUGGCGUUUGCCAUCUCUGUCACAAAGGUACAUAUUUUUAUGGAUGGAGGAGAACGACAUCGCCAUGGCAAAGAGUUAACAGAAAAAGGGUAUAUGGAGAAGAUGGACGAUGUAUUAUAUGCAGGGCCAGUUAAAAGACUAUUUUAGCCCUCAUUUUAACGUCUACUUAACCAAUCUUGGA